GUAAUAACACUGUGAAAGCUCAUGAACGUUGGUAAGGAAAUCCGAGAUGAAGUGAAACUGUACUUUCGUCUGGCUUCCUGCUCUGUGCGAAAGUAGUUAAGAUGACGAGAUAUACGGUUUUUAUGUGAGUGUGCUAUAGAGACAUGUAGGAAGAACAACAAGACGAUAAUAAGAGCGGUUUAAAAGGAAAAGCGGUGGAAUGAGAAGUUAUCGACGGUGACGGUGGCGGAAUGUCGCAGAGCUCCGGAGCUCCACAGCCGUCCCCGGGGCCGCCCUCCUCCUCUUUACCCGGGCUGGAGGCCUCGGCGGCGGGAUGCAGCACCGUGCUGAUGUCGGUCAAAGUGUCGGUGAGUCACUCCGGGAUCCGGCCGCUGUGUUUGCCCGGCUGUGGAGAUGAAGCUCUGCGGCUGCAGCUCAGCAUGGACCCGGGGAAGGCGGGGGAAUUCCGGCUGGCCCUGAGAAACACCAGCGGAACUAACGCGUCCAUUGCUGAGUUCGACCUCAGGACGGUGCGCUACGAAGUCAAGACUCCACAGAGUCAUGAGCUGAUCUUGGCCAUUCCCCCUCACGACCGUAUCACCUUUAACUUCCGCAGCGAACAGGAAGCGCAGGCCUGGGCCACCGUGGUGAUGUCAUCACUCCGCGAGGCCCAGCGAGUGGCCGUUGGUUCUCCAGCAGAUGACGGACAGCUGCUGCCCAAGCCCCUGGUUGUACAAAUGCCCGCCUCACCGUGCAGCACGGAGGAGUUAUGUAUGGGGCUGGUUCGUGCCAUAGAGGCCGGUGAUGUUGAGGCUGCGUGUGUGUGUGUGGAGUCUCUGGCUCGUCAGCACACACCGCUGUGCAUUCAGCCGAAUCACAAACACUACACCAACAAGGAGAUCAGUUUGUCAGUGGUGUUGGAGGACGCUUCCUCUUCCUGUUGUGUCACCGUUAAAGUCUUCCCCCACUCCACGGUGGCUGCUCUUAAACAGCAGGUCUUUGUUCAGUACGGUUUCCAUCCACACGUUCAGCGCUGGGUCAUCAGUCAGUGUUUGUGCACAGACUCUCGCUCUCUGGCUUCCUACGGUGUGCAGCAGGACGGAGACACCGCCUUCCUGUACCUGGUGUCCAGACAUAGGCGACAGGAUCAGGAGAACUUCUCACUCGCUCCCACUUCCACACAGUCUGUCGGCAACGGACCGGACGCAGCACUGAGAGCCUACAGCACACUGCCCACCAGACUGCACCCGCACCACAACACCAACAACGGCAGUAGUAGGGCUGGGGCAGAGAGGUUGGGCGUGGGGGAAAUCCGUGACCUGAUUAAUCUGCAGAUGCCACAGCUGAAUGAUGCUCUCUUGCCCAGCAGAACUAACACACAGCCGGGUUGGGCGUGUCCGUCCUGUACCUACAUUAACAAGCCGACGCGUCCCGGCUGUGAGAUGUGCAGCACGGACAGACCCGAGAGUUACACGGUGCCUGGAGGCUACACACCCGACACACUGGAACUGCGACGCAUCCAACAGGAGAAAGAAGCCAUCAGACAGUACCAGCAGGCCCAGGAAGCAGAGCGCAGGGAGAACUAUGCUCGGCUGGUGGAGGUGGAUGGUCAGGAGCUGGUGCCCAACGUAGAGAGCAUCGAAUGCAGGAUUUGUUACUUACAGCUUCAGUCAGGAGAAGGAGUCCUGCUACGCGAGUGUCUUCACUGCUUUUGCAGAGAAUGUUUGCGUUCAGUAAUCCUGCUGUCAGAGGAUCCUCAGGUGGCGUGUCCCUACAGAGACGAGGCAUAUGCAUGUGACUGCACACUGCAGGAAAGAGAGAUCCGAGCUUUGGUUUCGGGUGAGGAGUACGAGCGCUGGCUGCAGCGGGGGCUCUCAAUGGCCGAAUCGCGCUGUGAGGGCAGUUAUCACUGUGCCACCACUGACUGUCCAGGCUGGUGUGUGUAUGAGGACACGGUCAACACCUUCCACUGCCCCGUCUGCAACAAGCACAACUGUCUGCUCUGCAAGGCAAUUCAUGAAGGGAUGAAUUGUAAACAGUACCAGGAUGAUCUUGCUGCUCGUGCCAUCAAUGACAUGGCAGCCCGGAGAACGAGGGACCUCCUGAAGACUCUGGUGAGGUCCGGCGAGGCGAUGCACUGUCCUCAGUGUGGAAUCAUCGUGCAGAAGAAGGAAGGCUGUGAUUGGCUGCGCUGCACCGUGUGUCACACCGAGAUCUGCUGGGUCACCAGAGGUCCACGCUGGGGCCCCGGGGGUCCUGGAGACACGAGUGGAGGCUGCCGAUGUAAUGUGAAUAAACAGAGAUGCCACCCAAAAUGUCAGAACUGCCACUGAGAGAUGAGGGGGUGAAACAGUAAAAAGCCAAGGAAAAAAAGACUGAAAGCUAAAACCAAAGCAGAAUAUCUUUAACUUAACAUAGUCACAAUUAAGUUAAUAAUACUGGAAAAAAAUGCACUUUUUUAAUGUCUUACUUACUUCCAGCAGUGCUAUUACACAGGUGGAAAAUAUUAACGUACACAAGUGCCUUAUUUUAACUGUUCAAUUAAAAAGCAAGGUGUUUUUUCAGGGUGCUAAAUUUUCACAUUGAGUUUUAUAGAUCCAUUUUAACUCUUGUGUAUUUAACUGUUAUUCUUACCAGAUAAAAAAGCCUUACAAUAUUAUUUAAUAUCAGGAUAAGAAACAUUCUAUUAUCUAGAUCUAUUAUCCUUAUAGAGAUUUAACUGUUAAUUAAAGUGUGCAUUUUGGCAAAAUGACCAACAGUGACAAUGAUGUUUUCACUGACUGUUCAGUGCCUUAAGUUGAAGGUUUUGUCUAGAAUGAAAAGAUUCUUGUAUGACCUUUAUAUAAUUUAUUGUACACCAUCACUGAGCUCUAACAAUAAACAUUUCCACAUGAAGAAACUGAUCAGGGAAUAAAGAUGAUGAUGGUGA